AUGGUCGUAAACAAUAGACAAAAAAAUAAUCUGUUGAAUAAUUUUAAAAUAAAUGAGGUUGAAUCAGAAGAAGUAAAUUUGGAGAAUCUGAGUAUAAAUGAAGUACAAACAAAUAUUAUAAAGCAUUCUUGGCAGUAUACUGUUCAAUUGAAUCCAAUUACGUUCUAUGAAAAUAAUUCAGAUAUACAACCAAAUAAUGAACACCAAGUCUGGAAGGAAACUCAUUACUUAUCGUUGUAUAAAAAUGUAUUAUCUAUAUUAAACAAACUUACUUGGACAACAUUUGAUCAGCUAGUCGAUGAAUUUCAAAAAUUGCCAAUAGAAAAUGUGGAAUGUCUUGAAAAUAUUGCUAAUAUUGUUGCUCUUAAAGCUUUUGACGAACCUUCAUUUGGAUCUUUAUACGCCUCUUUAUGCAGAGUUCUUGACAUAACUAUAAGUUGUCAAACUGGAAAUCAUCUAACUUACCAGAAGUCAUUAAAAAAAUGUGUAGUCACAUUUUGUCAGAAUUAUUUUCAAAAGCAAUGUUUAAAUGACACUGAGACAUUACUUAUGUCUGUGGAACAAGAACAAAAUCAAAGAAGACUUAAAAUGCAAACAAUUGGUUGUGUCAGAUUUAUUGGUGAAAUUUUUAAACAGUCAUUAAUAUCUCCGUAUGUUGUUCACUACUGUAUAAAAACGUUGCAAUCUAAAACUAAAGAAAGGUCUCUUGAGUAUCUUUGCAAUCUUCUAAAAGUAGCUGGCAAAGAGUUAAAUGAAAAAAUAAGUUUGGCAGAUAUAUUCGAACAUUUAAUAUAUUUGGUAUCUGAUGAAAUGAGAUCUAAAAUAUCACCUAGGAUACGAUUCAUGGUUAAGGAUGUAAUUGAUGUGGUUAUGCCUUCAAGAGUACUUUAAAUCAAACCACUAAUCCUAAUACACAAUAUUGGAUUAUAGUUUAUGUACAACAUAUAUUUUUAAAAAAAUUCUAUGAAUCAUAUUUAGUUUUGGAGCUUACGACUUACAAUGUUCACCUUUUUGAAGUUAACCACUGUGCUAUAUUUUGAUGUUUGAUUGUAGCAGUGUUCACAAAGAUAACUCCAAAAGGCAAUUUCAACUUUGACAUAUUUUAUUAGUAUAAUAACUAUUUAAAAUAAUCUGUGAUAUGUAUUGAUGCAAAACUAUAAUGAAUAAAAAUAUUAAACCAUUUUGUUGGUAAUUAUUGUUGCUAA